CCAUUGUGCAGUGAGUGUAAGACAACCUCAAUCCAUGGAUGGUUUUACCGAAUCCAGCAACAUUACUAUAUCAUGCACCUUUUCUGCUCAGAAUUGUCCCACAUCAUCCCUUAAUAUUCUAUGGUUUCGGUAUCUUGCAAAAACCCAUGAAGAUUUGUGUACUCCUGUGUGUAAAAACAGAACCAAGUUCAAAGUGCUUCGCCCAGCAGAUGAUCAGACUUUGCUUCAAAUUAACACACUCAGUGUGGACGACAGUGGAAUUUACUAUUGUGGGGUAGCAUUUCCAGAUUCCAGAGCACCCACCUCCAAGACUACAGGGGAAGGAACAGUGUUAGUGAUCAGAGAAACUAAGAUAUACAGCCAAGGAACUAUCAAUAUCAUGGUGGCCAUAUCACUGCUGCUGUUCUUAUACAUCACAGCAAUUUUGGCAAUUUUGAAGUUCUUCUCUAAGCCAAAAUGUAAGAAAUCUGAAAACGAUGACCUGAGAGGGAAACAAAAUGUUCAUGCUAAAGAGACCAGAGAUGCUUGUCAAGCAAUUGCAAAGGAGAUCUACAAAAAGAAGAAAAGAAAGCAAUGGCCUAGGCAUCUGGCUAACAUCAGCAAAAGACAUGUACCAUCCUAGUCACUUUUUUAUUUCAUGCGUCACACAGCUGAGGAUGUGAUUCAGAUGCUGAACAUUUGCAAGAAAAAGAUCUCUAUGAAGACCAUCAUUUACCAGCAAAGUAUUUUGCACAGAAACGGCAUCCUAAGUAGAACAUUAAACAAUAACAUAGCAUUUACUUGUUGCCCAGGAACUGCCAGGACCAAAAGGCUUUAUGGAUGUGCAAAGUGAUUGGUAAGGUAAACUGUAUGAGAGAAAAGACUUAACUAUCAGAUUUCAUCAACUUAGUGCCUUCCAGAUUUCUGUGGACAAUUAUCUUUGUAGAAAGGCCAAUAAAAUUAUAUUCCAAAAUAUCUGGAGAGUCUUUG